AUGACGUUGGAACAGCGCAAGUUCAGUGCCGUCCCCGACAGGCUUCGCCCUGUCAGCAAUGUUCCACUCUCCGACGCAGACCGACGACCGAUGACCUCGAAGCAAGCGAAGAAGCUGCAUCUCGAGAGAAAUCGCGGGCCUCGCUUGACGAAACAACAACAGCGAGAACGCGACCGGGAACUCCAGGCUGAGAUCCGACGAGAGAUCGCGGAAAAGGAAAAGGCGGAGAGGCAGGAGAAAGACCGGGUUCGGCAGCAGGCAAAGGCCAAAGUACUUCGCGACAAGAAGAAGGCGAAAGAGGAUGCUGAGAAAGACGCAAAGCGCAAGGCUGGGCUGCCGCUUGCAACAUGUCGUCCCAGUCAGGAUACGAUUGCUCGGUUCUUCAAGUCGAAUCGUGUCGAGAAGAAGACGAGUAUUUCAGGACUAGAAAAGCGGGAACAUAAGGAGUCUGUGAUACCAAGAUGCCAAGCAGAAGAAGCAAGGCCAGAACCGAGCCAGAGUCACGGAGAACAGCAGCACGUCGAGUCGCUAGCAGCUCCUACAAAAGUGGCGAAGCCUCAAGAACCUACAGAACCCAAGCCCUCCGCAGCUCCUUCGACUGAACUGGUUCGCUUGCUUGCCAUUAGUGAGCAGGAAGAGCUCACGGAAAAGGACAACGACGCAGACGAAGAACCAAGCGCGGCGCCAUUGUACACGGAACCUCGGGAAGAAGCACAGCUUGAGGUGCCUAGAAGCCCUCCGAAGAAGCGCGUCAGACUAGAUGAAGGGGUUGGCGACCAAGUAUGUUCACCACCGCUGAUCAUACAGCGAACACCGAGCCCCAGCCGCCCUUCUUCUCCCACGAUUUCACUGGCAAGAAAGGAGGCUUCGCAGCAUGAUGGGCAGGCUGACCUAAUCACCAACACCCCUGCGCUUGAUUGCGUACAAGAUCGCAUUCACGACUCACAUUCUCCUCCCGUCAAGGUGCCUGUCACAGAGGCAGUGACAACCAGGCUGUGUCGCGACCAGAUUGAUCGCCCUGGCUUCAUUCGAGCUUCUGCGUUGCGCGACACCCCAAAACAUGGAGCUGUGCCACGGUUCGUGCGACCACCGCACCCAUCCGCCUACAAGGAUCGCCAAACCAGGCCCGACACUGACUCCGGCGCCCGCAAGUUUCUGCAACCUGCAAUGGAAAAGGUUCUUCGCACGGACUUGCCUUCAUUACCCCCGCCGUCCAGCACGCUUGCAUUCAUCAACGAUAACCUCGAUGAUUUUUUUGGGGAUUGUUCUCAGUUGGCACUCGAGGAAGCAAGCACGAAGAAGGGUGGCGAGAAUAGCAAUGUCCAGACCAACAAGCUCUCAAGCCAAAGCCGGAAGAGACCAGGCGAAGCAGCUCCAGUAGACGUCUGCAAGAAGGGCCGACCUUCUCCUGCGGUUGCGCCCGUGGUCGAUCUGCUCCCAGAAUUCGGAGAUCUGGACAAUUUGUUUCCCAGUGGCACGCAACUUCAAAGAGAGCUGUUGGAGGACCAGGUUGUUUCGAAGGUCCACGACUUCGGCGCCGAGCCUGCCCUACGAGGCCAGGCUGUUCACCGAGCAGGCUCAGGUGGCGCCAGAAAGAAACAGUGCCCCAAACAGAAUCGUCUCACUCUGCUCCAGGCAGAUGCGGGCGAUGCCAUGCCUUUCUUCUGCAGCCAGGACUUCAACCUCUCGCCUCAGGACAUGCAGGAGAUCGAAGCACCGCCCGUAAUGGCUGCGAAGACGGCACGCCGGGAAGCACCAGAGCGCAUGGCGUGGCAAGCAGAACAAGCUGCGCCGUUGAUACCGAUGACCUGGAAACGCAGACGACCAGUCAUGCAGAGUUUCGCAACUGGCAGGACUCGCCAGUCGAAAGUCACGACGCAGAAACCUCGGCCUGAUCCUAACCAACGCGCCAACGCCCGCGCGCCACAGAACGUGGUGGAGAUUCGCCAAACCGAGCCUCCAGCCAUGGUCAACCCGUCAGAACCCCCCGCAGCAACAGGCCAGCGCGCGCCGUUGCGACCGGUCAGCAACCCUCCGGAAGCCGCGCAACCGCCGCAACACGCCGUGUCGUCGCAGGACCUGGCGGCCAUGCUCGAAGCAGACUGGGACGAUGAUUGCCUGCAGGCUCAGCACCGGCCGCAGGAGCAGGAGGCAGAGCCGCAAAAGCCGCGCCCCGAACUCGACGAGCCCCAGGAUCUUUGGGAUGCAAUCUCAUCCCAAGACCUGCGGGCCGUCUUUGCGGAUGAAGACUGGGGCAACUUGGCUGUGUGA